UAUCGUUUCGCGGCUGCUACUUGUUGGUGUGUGUUCGGUGAAGCUUUUUUCAUUGAGGUGAGGGUCCAAGAAAAAGAGCUGAAAAUCUUCAUCCUCCUUUCUUCUCGAUUUCCAAUUCCCCAAACUCCAUGGCCGCUCUCCAACACUCCUCUUCCACUACACCGGUCAAAAAUGGCCUUCCUCCUCAAGAACUCAUCGACGAUCUUUGCAGUCGGUUUGUUUUGAAUGUGCCGAAAGAAGAUCUACAGUCAUUUGAGAGGAUUCUAUUCCUCAUAGAGUAUGCACAUUGGUUUUAUGAAGACAAUUCGGUGGAAAGGAAUCCAUCUUUAAAGUCAUUGAAUCUGAAGGAGUUCACUUCAUUAUUGUUUAAAAGCUGUGAUGUUUUAAGACCUUAUGUUGCCCAUAUUGAUGAUAUCUUUAAAGACUUCACUUCAUACAAGGUUCGAGUUCCUGUAACUGGGGCAAUCGUACUGGAUGAGACAUUUGAGCGGUGCUUGUUAGUGAAGGGAUGGAAAGGAUCUAGUUGGAGUUUUCCACGCGGUAAAAAGAGCAAAGAUGAGGAAGACCAUGCUUGUGCCAUUAGAGAAGUCCUGGAAGAAACAGGAUUUGACAUUAGUAAUCUUCUCAACAAAUCUGAAUACAUAGAAGUUAUAUUUGGACAGCAGAGGGUGAGGCUUUACAUCAUUGCAGGCGUGAAAGAUGAUAAUAUCUUUGCCCCGCAAACUAAGAAAGAGAUCAGUGAAAUUGCAUGGCAUCGACUUGACGAUCUUGAACCAGCUAGUGAUAAUGUAAUAUCUCGUGGGAUGAACGGGCUCAAACUUUAUAUGGUUGCUCCUUUUUUGGCAUCUCUGAGGUCAUGGAUUUUGACACAUCAUCCCCCUGUUCAUUCAAACCCCGAUAUCCCAAUAAGAGGACUAACGGUAUGGAAGGCUAAGAACAGCUCGAUAAGUAGCAGCAGUACAAUCAUAAUGGAGAGCCAAAUAAGUAAAGCAGAAGUGGAUGUUGAUACUGGUCCAGGCAAGAGCUUCAGAAACUUCAAGUUUGAUACUGCCUCAAUCUUACAAUCAAUGGAAAGAGCCUUUCCUUAAGUCUUUCUAUAAGUCCUAAAUACCUUUUUUUCCUAAUUAGCUCAUGCUUAGACCUUAUAGAUAUGUCAAAUUACUAACUAAUAGUAACAGCAGAAGAAAAAAAAAAAAAGUAGAAAUAGGAGUGAUAGCUUAGAUAGAGAGAGGGAGGGAAAUUGUUUUCAUCUACUCAACUUUCCUUCCUCCUUGCUAUUUUGGACAUAAAAAGUGUUGGUUUAGAGUUUUUAUUUUGUGUGAAAUUUGCAUAUAGUCUGUAGUCUAUACAAAAGUAUCGGUGUGAAAAUGUGUGAAAAGAAAAGAAAAAGGCUCCAAGAAUUGGCAUGAAUUUGGAUUGUUCUUGUGGUGAAAGAGAGAUGGAAAAAUCACUUCUUGGUGUUCUUUGCCAGCUUGAUUGAUACGACAGGUGUCGGUUCGUGGGGAGUUCAUGUUUAUGGCAAAUGGGAUUUUCUGUACAGAAACACUGAUGUGAGAAAUGUGUUGAACUUUGAUGUUUACUUUAGUUUUUAAGUUUGGUUUAGUAGUCUUGUGGGGUGAGCGCUUUUAGAAAUGCUUCUCCUCUUCCCUCCUUUCUCCCAAGGUGGCUCCUACCCAUUUCUUUGUUGUUUUACUCAUACUUUGCUAGUAAUGUGCUUUUUCCUCUUUA